GGGAGGGAUGAUUUUACAACAGGACGGUUUCACAACUGGAAACGGGGCUUCAAAAGUCAGACCAUAUAACACUGCUAUAUCUCUUACCCGUGGUCACAUAACCUUCUUCUGCUCAGGAGAGAAACCUCAUAAACACUGAACCCGUGUCAGUGGAAAUCUUUAGAUAGAGGCGAACACGCCUUUUCUCGCCUUUCACAAUCCUGUGAAUGCCGAGUGAGCAGCAGUGACUGUGAAUCCUCCGGUAUGUUAACGUGAUAGUCUCGGUCGUCGCUAACCAGGAGCUCGGAGUCGCCUGAGUGUUUGUCGGGCCACCGUCGUAUCGGCUGCGUUUUUUCCUCUCAUAUUGGGGACCACCGUGGUCUGAGAAAUUAAUUGCCUACUAAACAAUAGUUCAGCCAUGGAGUUGAGUUCAGUGAUUUUAACCACCGGAGGCUCCGUCGGAUUUUUCAGACUGGUCAACACAGGGGUCGGGAGGCUCCCCAUGCCUGAAUCCGCCUGCAGAAACGCGUGGAAAUGGAGAAAUAUUGCCACCUCGUUUGUGCACAGUCUGAUCACUGCGAUAUGGGCAGUGCUUUGCUUUUUCCAUCACCCAGAGAUGGCAGAGGAUUUGAUAGAAACCUUCUCUGUUGUUUCUCAUGCUUUGGUGUCCUUUUCAAUCGGUUAUUUCAUCUAUGAUUUCUUUGACAUGGUGCUCAACCAGAAGCUGAGUCAGUCCUGGGAGCUUCUCUUUCAUCACUUGGUGGUGAUCACCUGUUUUGGCCUCUCGGUGCUCUCCUGCCGCUAUGUUGGCUUUGCUGUAGUCGCCCUGCUAGUGGAGAUAAACUCCGUGUUCCUCCACCUGAGGCAAAUGCUGCGAAUGGCCAGCAUGGCCGUCGGCACGCUGUACCGGGUCAACAGCAUGAUCAACCUGGGCACGUACGUGGUGUUCCGCAUCAACACUCUGGCCUGGAUGACCCGCUGGUUGGUGCUCAAUAGGGACAAGGUGCCUCUGCUGGCAUACACGCUGGGCAGCGUGGGCAUGGCCAUCAUGACAGCCAUGAACAUCGUCCUGUUUUAUCGCCUGCUCAGGAGCGACUUCUUGAAGAGCAGCACCCGGGAGACCAAGAAAGAGAAGGAGAUGUAGAGAGGAGGGGGAUGGGACACAAGAAGGAUGACAUUCACAAACACUCCUGUUCGUCACUGUAUGUUAAUUUCCUGCAGCUGAGAUUUGGUACUUUCUUCUUGUCAGUGAUUUACUCAAAACUAAGAGAUGGGGGGGAUCUUUCUGUCUUUCAGUCAGACUUUACAGGUACAUAAAAACAGUUUUAAUAAAUGGCCUUACUUGAAUAAAGGAUCACACUCUGCCAUUGUGCUUAGAGCUACAUUUAGUUGUAGUUUUAACCUCUGUAGUUGUUUGUGUGGUCCAGUCAUCCUUAAGAGUUAUUAGUGGAUCACUAAUGGAAGAACAAUGUAGGCCUCAUAAAACCAAAACGCCUUAUUGUCCUGAAGGGUGUUUCAGCUAAACCUGUUUUCAAAUGUAGCUCAUGGAGACGCUGUCCGAAGACACCUCCAACACUCUGACACUUCCCUAAGAGAAACACAGGAAACUAUUUCUUAUAUAUUUAGUCAUAUCAUAAGAGUUACCUUUUAUUCAUAUAUAUAUAUAUAUAUUCUAUACAUAUGAUACAGUUGUGGUUUAUCUACAUUAACAAAUAUUUACCAUUGAUUUAAAAAUCAGUGGGAUCCAAACCUUAUUGUUGUUUAACACUCGCACUGCAGAGGUGAAUUUUCUCUUUUAUUUCCACCGUAUCACCUCAACUAAAAACCGCCUGCUACCUCAGAGGGCUUGUAACUCUUUUCUGCCUCUUUCUAACAAGCUUUGCUGUCAGUGUUUGGCAGGGUUUGCCAUCGAAGAAGAAAAAACUUAAGAGUAAAGAUAGAAAAAGUAAAAUCAGUCCUGACUUGAAAAAAAGAAUAGGGUGAUUUAAAAAAAAAAAAACCUGUAAUACCUUGAAGUGGUGCUUCAGUAUAACAGAUUAGAUUUUACUUGUGUGAAAUUUGACGGCUAUCAGUUGUUUCCUUUUCUUGCAAUGCCAAAUUGUAAUUUAACACAAAGGUAAAAAAGAUGAAUUAAAUAUAUUAGGCUUUACAUGCAUCAUAAAUAAUAUACACUAUAACCUGUUUCAUGAGGAUUUGUCCUUAUUGCUACCAUUCUGCUUGUAGAUUGUGGAGGAACAAAACAAAUCAGUUUGAUUCUGAAUAAACAGCAGCAGCAAGACCUACAAUCAGCUAUUACUAAUGACAUUAAUGAAUUCAUUGUGUUUUGUAUUCCUGUAGCCAUAUUUGAUAGUCGGCAGUCAGCAGUAGGAGCUUUCAGGCAGGUAGAAGUUAUUCUCCAUUCGGCCUGUAGAGGGCAGCACACUCCUCAACAUCACAACACCAGAGCUGUCUUAAUUUUGAACCAUUUAAAUAGAGCUGCACCUCUUGCCUUUAAUUGAGGGUUUCUGGCAAGCAGAGAAACAAAAAUAACUUUCUGUCUGAGAUCUGUGAAUACAGCAAACUGUCAAAAAAGAAGACCCUUCUUGGCUGUACACUCUUGAUGCCAUUUCUGGUGAUGUUGCUUUUUUGUGUGUAUAUUCAUUGUUUUUGGGGGUGAUUUUUGUAGAUUUGUAAUUUAUUUUUACUAAAAAGAAGCUGUUCAUUGAAUAUAUAAAGGACACAAUGUUAAAUGGAUUUUCUGUUGUGAAACCUUUGAUUAUAUUGGAACUGAAGUGAUUAUGUAAGUCAUGUUUUUGCAGGGCAUUGCGCCACUUGGGACUUAAUUUUCUUUCAAGCUGAUAUUUUUUAUUCUUCAUGAUCAUCACAGCUGUAAAGAGUCUACAUUUAUGCCCUAGAAUAAGGCAUUGAACAUGCAUAAACAUACUGCACUUGCUUGCAGUUGCUAGAAACUAAUUUUAAACAUAUAAUCGACUGUUAUUACCUGAAUGCAGCUGGAACAGCUCAUGAAUUUUCUCUCUGUCCAAAUGAAAAUCAAGACAACACUGCACUAAUGGAAAAAGCACUGUUUUAGAGGAACUCAGUAAAUUUGGAUUAUUGAUGUUGUGACUGAUUCCUACAUGCCUUUUUAGAUCAUGAGUAAUGGAGCAGUAGUGAUAUUUGUUUAUCCUGAAUGUAAAUUUUCUUUCAAUUUUUGAGAUUGAUAGGGCAGCUUAACAUUGUGGUUGUAGUGAAGACAACUGGUGACAAUUGAAGUUCUUUCUAACAAACAAAAGGCUUAUACUUGUGAUGUGCUGUAAUUUUUUUCUAGAUUAUAAUGUGUGAUUUGUUCUUUUUCCUGCUCUGAGGAUUUUUGAUAGCAGCCAGGUUGAGAUUUCCUCCUCAUGUUGAAGCUGUAACAACACUGAGGAGUCUAAGGCCAAAAAACAAGCCACUGUACUGCCCUCUGUACUCUGAUUCCUCUUCCUUCUUAGCUAUUUAAAGCUUGAUUUUCAUACUGUGAUUCUUCAAACAACCCAGAAAAAACACUUAAUUUAAUUAGCUGUUUAAUUUUGGGGUAAUGGAAACAAGGAAAAAGGUUUCUGCAUGUAUUUGCAGAAAGCAGAGGUUAUGAACUCGUACUCCACUCACUCUCAUCUUAAAGGUUGUUGUUUUACUGCAGCGGCACUUAUCUUUUCUUUAAUAGCUCCAUUAUAAUUGAAAGUAAAACUUAAGUAUUUAGAAAUUCUGUCCAUGUUAAUAAUUUAAACAUAUAGUUUUGACAAAGCUUAGACUAUUAACACUGUGCAACUUGUAAAGGACAGAGAAACCCCUUAAUAAAAGGAAAAAACAAGGAAAACUAAAGCCAACAAGAACAACUGAGGUUGUGAAAACUCCUCUGCUUUUUCAGACUGUUGUGUUUCACAGAUUUUUGUCUGUAUGCAUAAAUAUAACUUUUAUUUUUUCAUAUUUUCGCAGAAAUUGUUUUGUAAUUAUAACUCCAGUUCAUAUGUUUAUAAAAUGACAUUAUUCGUUUAACAUGAAAAUAAAAAUCAGAGUAAUACA